AUGCUCGCGCUCUCAUUCUACAUACAUAACAUAAUUAUAACGAUCAUGGCCAACAACGACAGGCAGGACAGGAACGGGCGAGAUUUGACAAUAGCAUUUGUAUUGGUGACGCUGACAUAUAUGUUGGUGGGAGCUGGUUUCUAUAUAUGUUUUCCUUUAGCCAAGGCAUGCAUUGAAGACAAUAUUUUAAACAACUUCGAAAUGCAUGAUGUGAUGACAGCUGUAGCAAGAAUACUAUUACUGUUUCAAGUUGUAACUGUAUAUCCGCUGGUAGCGUUUAUGUUGCGGUCAGAGGCUGUGUUAUUACUGGACAUCGGUUCUUCGCGCGCUCUCACUAUAAUCAUCAACCUAGCAAUAGUGACAGUCUGCAUACUGUUCGCCUGCUUCUGUCCCAGCAUAGGGACCAUCAUAAGGUACACAGGGGCGGUGAGCGGGUUGGUACACAUUUUCGCGCUACCAUCUCUCCUACAAAUGCGUUCGUUACAACUGCGCGGGCGCCUCACGUGGUUUCAGGGGAUAUUUCAUACUCUCAUAGUGAUAUUCGGCGCGGUCAAUUUAUUGAUGCAAUUCUUCAUAAAAGAAUAA